CAUUGGUGGAUUAUGCUUUCAAUUACAAAAAUCAGAUCAGGGUUAUAACCACGCUUCCAUCGGCCGCUAUUACAUGAUGGUGGUAAUUUACUCUCAUGAAGGAGGCUCAUUCUACUAUUAUCGGCCCAUGUUAGAACUGCUUCACCAUUUCUAUCAUCUUCGUCAUAGCCCCAGACACAAUUAUGGCUAUUGAAAUCUCCCACAAUAAAAUGGGCUUCAUGAUUGUGACAAUUGGUUGGGGGCGUAAAAUAGAAAUCAGCCCCAGGUUUGUAGAGUGAAGAUACACUGCAACUAUCCAGUUCCACAGAUAGGAUUUCAAUGUUGUUCACUUCUGUGAGAGAGGUUGCAGAUAUUGCUAUACCAGAUCGUACAAAAAUGGCACUACCAUAUUGUCUGUGAGGUCAUUCCACUGCCAGUUGCAUUCCGAGAAUUUUUGGUCUUCUCAUUGUGAUGUCUCUGUGUGUUUCCUGUAUACAUAAAAUGUCACACGAGAUGUCCUCGGACAUUUUGGCUAAUAGCUCUUCCUUAGCAAGUGACAAACCUUCUAUAUUAAUAGACAUAAUUGUCAGCAAUGGUCUUGAUGAAGACCUUUAGUGUUCAUCCAUUUGUGGAGAGAUAAAACACAUUUAAAAUGUUUAAAAAAAUGUUUAAAAGCAAUGCAAUGCUUUUGGAUUGGAAAGAUCAGCCGUUUACAAGAAAUGUUGCCCAGGGGACGCCCGACUGGAUUUACUCAGUCUUCGAGGAGGCUCUUUCCAUGUCCCCCACCAGUGAAAUGUUCAAAGACUAAUUAUUAUUAUCAUUAUUAUUAUUAUUAUUAUUAUUAUUAUUAUUAUUAUUAUUAUUAUUAUCCGUUAUUUAUAUUCCGCUCUAUCUCCCCAAGGAGACUCAGGGCGGAUCACAAUACACAUACACGGCAAACAUUCAAUACCGUUUGGACAGAACAGAAUAAGACAAACAGAAGGAGGUAUGUGGUCUGGAAGUCCAGUUUUUGGGUGCCUUGGAGGCUGAUGUUCUGCUCAGAUUCAGUCAUGGGGGUGCUGUUGCUUCAUUCUCUAUGACGAAGAGCCAUCAGAACUUCCUCCUUCCACCUUCCUCUUGGUCACCGCAUUUCUGGUCUUGUUCUUUAUGGUGUUUUAAAAUACCUCCCCCGCAAUUUGCGUUGCCUCAUUUCUCUAUUUACAGCUUAUAAACUCUUUUCGAACUGCUCAGGUAAACAGUGAGCUGGGCUUGAGGUCGAGCGCUCACCCCCGACCGGGCUUCGAACUGGCCACCUUUCGGUUGGUAGAUCUUAUUACUGCUACAGCCCAGCCCUAAGGAACUUGUUCCUUCCACGGAGGAAUUUUUGAAGGAAAUUUACCUGCCCAGGAAAGCGGUUUUGUUGCUAGACAAUGCCCCAACACACCCUGAUGCAGAGGAGCUUCAAGAGGGGGACAUGAAGGCGAUGUUUCUGCCACCGAAUGUAACCGUCAUAUGCCAACCGAUGGAUCAGGGCGUUUUGGAAGAGCUCAAAAGGAACUAUUGCAGGAAGCUAUUCUCGGCAAGGAUAGAAGAAAUGGAAUAAGUUGUUAGGCCUCUCAGGAUCUCACACAAGGAUAGGGUUUGGGCUCUAGAAACCGCAAUGACACACAUCAAGCAACAAGAAGAAGCUACGGGGAUGGACAUAAAGAUGCCGCAAAGAUGGCGAGACUUGUCAGCGGAGAAAUGGCAAUAGUUGGAAAAGCAGGCAAGGGUCACAGAUUUUAAAAAAUCUUCACAAGACUGAACUUUUUAUGGAUUUAACUUCCAACAGUGUUGUUUUAUGCAAUUCUAUAUUUAUAGUCAAGUUUUUAGUAAUAAAUAUUGUUUGUAGUCAAUGCUUUCAAUACAUUGCGAUGUUUUGGUGCUAAAUUCGUAAAUACAGUGAUUUCUCCAUCAUGUUACCGUGUAUUGAACUGCUUUUUCUGUUGAUUUGUUGUAAAACAUGAUGUUUUGGUGCUUAAUUUGUAAAAUCAUAAUGCAAUUUGACCUUUAAUAGGCUUUUCCUUAAUCCCUCAUUAUCCAACAUUUUCACUUAUCCAGUGUUCUCCUGGUCAGUUUAUGUUGGAUAAGCGAGACUCUGCUGUUCUCUGAAAUUAGGUAUGGGAUCUUGUACGUUGGAGCGGAAAAAUCCAACCUUCAGGGAGCAUGGGAAAAGAGAACUGGGAUUGGGGGAGAGAAAUAAAAAGGAGAGAAGGAUGGUGAAAUGGGUAAAGUCUAAAGCUAGAGAAAAAGGCAAGCAUUUGGAUGUGAAGGGAAAAGGCAUCCAUUCCCCAGAGAGAAGGAGACGGAAUAAACAACCGGGCUGGGCUGAGCAACAGGGAGCCUCUGGAGCGUAUGUUACUCAUCUCUCUCUUAGAGGCUCCAGGCAGACAACCAGGGUCCAUCUUCACUGAACAAGGGGAGGGGAAAGGACAACAGGCAUAUCUUCUUUUCCUCCAUGUUUAUGUUGUCUUAAGGAUCAUUUCAAUCCACUCCUUAUCCCACUUCCUUUGAGUCUUUAUGACGCACACUGAGGAAUGAUUUUUUAUGUUCUUCUUCUUCACAGUAGAUAACGGGGAGAAGAGCCAUGUAUGCACCAAAUACAGGAAGCAUUUGGGACACAACGGGUGCCUUCAUCGACACCAGCAAGCCCACAGAGAAGAUGGAGGUUCUGCCAGAGAAAGGCCCAACAAAUGCAUUGUAUGUGGGCAAUGUUUUACCCAAAAUGUGGCACUUGUCCUUCACAAGACACUUGAUGUUGGGAAAAGCCAUCUUAAAGGGAAAGUAUCUGCAAAAUGUGUGGUGAAACACAAGGAAUUUCACACAGGUCAGGAACAAUACAGAUGCCAAGAGUGUGGGAAGUGUUUUGCUUCCAGUUCAGCCUUGGUGAGGCUCAAAAGACUCCACACAGGAGAGAAGCCACACCAAUGUCAGGAGUGUGGGAAAUGUUUUGCUGAAAGUUCAGCCUUGUUGAGCCACAAAAGAGUCCACACCAGGGAGAAGCCAUACAAAUGCCAGGAGUGUGGGAAAUGUUUUGCUUUCAGUUCAGCCUUGGUGAGGCACAAAAGACUCCACACAGGAGAGAAGCCAUACCAGUGCCAGGAGUGUGGGAAAUGUUUUGCUUGCAGUUCAACCUUGGUGAGCCACAAAAGACUCCACACAGGAGAAAAGCCAUACAAAUGCCAGGAGUGUGGGAAAUGUUUUGUUUGCAGUUCAACCUUGGUGGGCCACAAAAGACUCCACACAGGAGAAAAGCCAUACAAAUGCCAGGAGUGUGGGAAAUGUUUUGCUGACAGUUCAAACUUGAUGAGCCACAAAAGAGUCCACACCAGGGAGAAGCCAUACAAAUGUGAGGAGUGUGGGAAAUGUUCUGUUUCCCAUUCAGACUUGGUGAGGCACAAAAGACUCCACACAGGAGAGAAGCCAUACAAAUGCCAGGAGUGUGGGAAAUGUUUUGCUGACAGUUCAAACUUGAUGAGCCACAAAAGACUCCACACAGGAGAGAAGCCAUACCAAUGCCAGGAGUGUGGGAAAUGUUUUGCUUACAGUUCAAACUUGAUGAGCCACAAAAGACUCCACACAGGAGAGAAGCCAUAUAAAUGCCAUGAAUGUGGAAAAUGUUUUACUCAGAGUUCAGCCCUUAACCAGCACCAGAGAACACAUACCGGGUAAAAAACAGCCAUUGUGGGUAAAUGUCUGAUUUCAAACUUUGAGAAGUUCUGCGUCAGAUUUGGUGGAGUCCCGUUCUUGUCAUUUGAACCUGUAAGUUGGAGGUCUGUUCUCUGGAGCAGCAGAAAGCAAGCUCUGUGUGACAAUCCUUCAGAGCAGUGGUUCUCAACCUGUGGGUCCACAGAUGUUUUGGCCUUCAACUCCCCUAAAUCCUAACAGCUGGUAAACUGGCUGGGAUUUCUGGGAGUUGUAGGCCAAAACACCCGGGGACCCACAGGUUGAGGACCACUGCUUCAGUGUCAGUUCCUGGAAGGUGUAGGAGACAAAGAUAGGCUCACACAGCUUGUAGCCAUGGAAAACUUUAUUGAAUCCGCCUUGCCAAAAUGGCCGCAAAGCUUCUACUGCCCGUCUUCCGCUCUUUCCCCUCAGUAUAUUGGGUGGUUGCUUCCCUCCUCCCUUCACGUCUCUUCUUCUCCAUUCACACCUCCCUUUCCUUUUGUCCUUUCCCACGUCUGAAGACCAGACCCUGUCAUAAAUCAGCCUUCCCAGCCAAAUGGUCUUCUUUAUCCGAUUUGUUGUAGUCAGGUGUGAAAAGAACAGCUUGGAGAAUGCUGAUCUUUUUGCAUCCUGACAUUCAGAGAGUUAAAUAUGAUUGUCUUGUCACCUCGUCUGAAAAGAAAUAAACCAUAUGUGAUUCCAUCACUUGUUCCUCUGGUCUUAGUUUCCAGCUCCAUUUCCACCUUGGUUUAAAUGUCCAGUUUGUGAACGUUGUGCCCCUACAGACACAUCCUCUGUUUUCCUCUUUAGUCAGGACUGGUCAGCUUGAAUAUUGUAAAUGGCCGUUAUGGGAGGGAUCCAGAGUUAGCCCCUUCCCUUUCAGACAGUGGCUCUCAACCAGUGGUCCACGGACUACCAGUGGUUCGCAAGAACUAAAAUACGUUCUGGCUUCUAACCUUCCCUUCCUUUGCUUUCUUUUUUCUAGCCCUUCCUUCCCCUUUCUUCCUUCUUUCCUUCUAUCCUUGUCUUCUUGUCCCUUCCUUUGCCUUUUCUCUUGCCCUUCAUUCCUUCCUUUUUCUCUUCCCUCCCUUUUCUCCCCUUUGCCUUUUCUCUUGCCCUUCUUUCCUUUUUUUCUUCCCUUCACUUCCCUUCCUUUUCCUUCUUUUCUCUUGCCCUUCCUUCCUUUUUCUCUUCUCUCCUCUUCCCUUCCUUUGCCUUCUUUCCUUGCUUUUUCUUGCUCUUCGCUUGCCUUCCCUUCCUUUGCCUAUCAUAUGUUAUGGACUGGAGUAGAGUACAAUAUAUGUCUCAUUUGAUGCCUUAUGAACUUGAAUGCAAACUAUAAUUGUUUUUAUUAAUCUGUUUAUCCUAUUAUAUUAUAUUAUUGAUGUACUCUGAUUGUUGUUUAUGUGAGUUUAAUAUGUCGUAAGCCUCUUUGGGUCCAGUGAGGGAGAAAAGCAGGAUAUAAAUAAAGAUUCAUCAUCAUCAUCA